AUGGCUAUCGGCGGAGGAUAUAACUACUCGUAUAUCUUCAAAUAUAUUAUUGUGGGUGAUAUGGGUGUCGGUAAAAGUUGUUUGAUGCACCAGUUCACCGAUAAAAAGUUCAUUCCGGAUUGUCCGCACACUAUAGGAGUUGAAUUUGCCACAAAAAUUAUCGAGUUGGAUGACCAAAAAAUAAAGCUUCAAAUUUGGGAUACUGCCGGACAAGAGAGAUUCAGAGCAGUGACUCGAUCAUAUUACCGUGGCGCGGCUGGUGCCCUCCUUGUUUACGACAUUACCAGAAAGUCUACAUUUAAUCGGAUAUACACUUGGUUAGCUGAUGCGCGACGGUUGACUUGCCACAAUACGGUCGUCUUCUUGAUAGGAAAUAAAUCGGAUCUUGAAGAGCAGCGGGAUGUGAGCUACGAAGAAGCAAAGAAACUAGCCGAUGACAAUGGUCUCAUGUUCUUGGAAUGUAGUGCCAAGUCGUAA